UUUCUACGGUGUCAAACCUUUACGACAGCCGUGUCCUAUUUCCGGCAGAAGCGUCUUGACAGGAGCAAUGAACCGCCUCCUGUUCUAUCAACACAUGAGAGGUCAAAAGUUAUGAUCCUGUUCUGUAGCAGAGACGGCACAUAGCACAUAAACAUGGCCAGUUCCAUGGUGGCUGUGGGACUGGCACUGGCAGCAGCAGGAUUUGCAGGUCGCUAUGCCAUGCAGGCCAUGAAACACAUGGAGCCUCAGGUGAAACAGGCCCUUCAGAGCUUCCCCAAGUCGGCUUUUGCAGGAGGAUACUAUAAAGGUGGAUUUGAACCAAAGAUGACAAAGAGAGAGGCUGCUCUGGUUUUAGGCGUCAGCCCCACAGCCAACAAGAAUAAGAUCAGAGAAGCCCACAGAAAACUGAUGAUCCUAAACCACCCAGACAGAGGUGGCUCUCCAUACCUUGCUGCAAAGAUAAAUGAAGCCAAGGACCUGAUGGAUGGCCAGGCUAAGAAAUAAACUGCUGAUCCUCUUCACGUUGUUGCACUGACUGACAGAGCAGUGGACUUUUUUCUUACUCUGAAUGUGCCCAAAUAAAUCAUGUAUUGUCCAGUUUAUUC